GAUGAUAUAUUCAUACAGAUAUUAUUUCUCUUAGCUAAAACAAAGCAGAUACAACUAAGCUGUUUUAUAAACUUGUUCGCUCUCUGAAUAUAGAAAAUUGAAAUGGGAACAGAGAUGGUAAUGGUUCACGAGGUUCCUUUUCCUCCACAGAUCAUCACUUCCAAGCCACUCUCUCUUCUCGGCCAAGGGAUCACAGACAUCGAGAUCCACUUUCUUCAAGUGAAGUUCACGGCUAUCGGAGUUUACUUAGAUCCUUCAGAUGUUAAAACCCAUCUUGUUAACUGGAAAGGCAAGACCAGUGAAGAUCUCGCCGGCGAUGACGACUUCUUCGACGCCCUUGCCUCCGGGGAGAUGGAGAAGGUUAUAAGAGUGGUGGUGAUAAAGGAGAUAAAAGGAGCUCAGUACGGAGUGCAACUAGAGAAUGCUGUGAGAGAUCGUUUGGCUGCGGAAGAUAAGUACGAAGAAGAAGAAGAAACAGAGCUCGAGAAAGUUGUUGGCUUCUUCCAGUCUAAGUAUUUCAAAGCCAAUUCCAUCAUCACUUACCAUUUCUCACCCAAAGAUGGCAUUUGCCAGAUCGGGUUUGAGACAGAAGGUAAAGAAGAGGAGAAACUGAAGGUGGAGAAUGCGAAUGUGGUGGGAAUGAUGCAGCGAUGGUAUCUGUCUGGAAGUAGAGGAGUCUCUCCUUCGACCAUUGUCUCUCUCGCCGAUGCUCUGUCCACACUUUUAACCUAGGAAUUAAUAUCUACCUUUAUAAAUAAAAAGCCACUUGUGUGUGUUGUGUUAUGUUAUGUCCUUGUUAAAUAAGAGAUUUGUCGUUCGUUAUUUUUAUAAGAUGAUUAACGCAUGGUCGACUAAAAAAAAGGAUACUGAUUUUGUUGAAACUU